UCUAAAGAUUAAAGGAAUAGGCAGGCUCCUCUUCUGAGCUUGUAUAUUGUAAUACAGGGGACCCGAAAGGAGGGUCACCCAGAGGAAAAUGUCAGAAGCCGAAAUCUCAACAAACCAAAGGGAGAAACAGAGACGGCGAUGCCGGCGUCGCAAGCAAGAGAAAAGAAGUGAAGAAGAGCAAGAGCAAGAGCUAGAGAAAGGAGAAACAUCGUCAUCCUUAUGGAGCGAUCCUCAGGAAUACUGGCGUCCCAUCCAAUGGGCCAUUCUCUGUUCUAUGCCCUUGCGCGAGCUCCAAUCCGCUCUGGUUUCUUUCUGGUCUCACUCUCUGCAUCUCGGCCUCUUCGAAACUCUCCUCGCCAUCCCCGUAGCUAUCCUUCGUGCCACCACCGGCUCCCUCGUUGACUCCCAUGUCGCCGUUCUCCGCUUCCUCCGUAACCGUCCUCCUGUCAAUCCCAAUGAGAAGGUUGGAUUCUCUAAACUCAUGCAGUGGCUCGUAUCCUUCGGCUUCUUCGUUCUCGUCUAUGAGUGUAUUGGUAUCGUCUCCAUUCCCCUCUUUGCUAUCCCUUCUCUCUUCGCUUACGUUACCGGUUCUGCCACCCCCUCCACUCCUGGCGUCGCUUCGACUCUCUCCGCUAUCUCCUCGGUCCGUCACAGCAGAGAACAAAUUGUCCCUAAACUCUCCCUGUGGACCAAAUUCAGCCGAUACCUAACUUCCCUUAUGCUUAAUCGGUUGAGGAUCGCUGUUGGCAUUGGACUGGUUACGUUUAUGAUUGUCGGAUCCGUGACUGGAUUCGUUUUAUUAUCUUAUAAGAUGGUGAUCGAGGGGAAAGAGGCAGUUAUUUCAUUGAAAACGCAUUUGGAGGAGAACAAUUACGCCGAGAGGACCGGACUUAAGCACUGGGUAGAUGAGAAUCGAGUGCCGGAGUUGAUCGAUAGUUACACGUCCAAGUUCUACGAGGCAGUGUUGCAGCGAAAUGUUGGAAGGGGUGAGGAAUCAUUUGAUCAAACCACUGCGCACUACGUUUACUUCCACGGCUCUCGAACAAGUGCGGCAAUGGUCUUUAUCAGAUAAGCUGUAUUACAUUCAUGUGCGGUUGAGGACCAGAGAAUGGAACUUGAUUUAUGGAGAUAUAAAUGGUAUGUUCAGGGAAAUGAAGUCUGUGAUUGCAAGGGAGCACUUAUCGGAGAAGAUUAAAAGUUUUGCUCUUCAGAGUUUGUAUAUCCCAAAGCGAGUACUGGCGAGUAGUACCACGGUCUUGGCGGGGGGUGCCAAUCUGUUGUUCACCGUGGCAGUUUCUAUUGUUUCGGGAGCUGCAGGUUUAUUGAAUUUUAUCUCCCAGCUGAUGGUUUUCUUCUGGCUUUUAUAUUAUCUCAUCACUUCGGAGUCAGGAGGUGUGAUGGAUCAUGUUUUAGGGAUGCUCCCUGUUUCAAAAUCCACUCGAGUUCCAUGUGCUCAAGUUCUUGAUCGUGCUGUUAGCAGCGUGCGUACUAUUGGCCACUGCUAAAGUUACAUUGUUCCAAGGGUGUCUCACCUAUCUGUUGUUUCGAUUCUAUCGCAUUCAUUUCCUCUACGUGUCCACAUUUCUCGCACUGAUGAGUGCUAUCUUGCCCAUAACUCCAGUUUGGUUUUCGUCAAUCCUGGCUGCAGCACAGUUAGCUAUAGAAGCAA